GGCCGAUACUGGGCGGGCUUCAGGACUAAGAAUUUAAGGCCCGACACUGGCACAAGUUUCUACGGGAACCGGGUCGGACUACCCAGUCGGGCUUUACUCCAGGCCCAGGUCAAGGCAGGCUAAGAGCCAAUCCAACAACCUGAAACCCAUUUUUUUUAAUUAAUGACCAUUAGGCCUGAAUCGUUUCCGGCCCGGCCAGUCACCUAAAAUUGGAGCCUGAUGCCCGCUGCUUCUUCAUCUGGGAUUCCGGGUUGGUUCCUGGUCAAUUGGGUAAGGAGAAAGGAGGAUUUGGCAAAGCUGAUUUGGGGUUGUUGGGCUAUUUGGGGCGAGAGGAACUGCCGGGUUUGGCAGCAGGCUUCUUCUCCGGUGUGUCAGUUUAUGCUCAAGGCGGAGGCGUUCGUGACGGGAUGGGCCCAAGCGCAGACAGCUCGCAGGGAAGGAAGGUUAGCAGGGCAGAGGAUGACAGCUUCUUGGUGUUGCCCAGCUGCGGGGAUGGUGAAACUGAAUGUUGAUGCUGCAGUUCGUACUGGUUACUGUGGGCUGGGAUGGUGCCUUAGGGACGAGGAAGGGAAGUUCGUGGCUGGAGCAGCUCGCAAGUGGCAGGGGAAUUUAUCUGUACUGGAAGCCGAGUUGAUUGGAAUUAGAGAAGCAUUGAGCUGGCUACUCGAUUUUGAGUGGAGGGCAAUUGAAGUCGAGUCUGAUGCUUCCCGCGCCAUUUCAGAAAUUUUGAAAGGCUCGAGUAUUUCUUCCUAUGGGUUGGUGGCAGCUGAUAUUAGAGAUAUUGCAAACAACUUCGCUAGCAUCUCAUUUUCUCAUGUUAGACGGUCAGCGAACAAGGCGGCUCAUGUUAUGGCUAAAGCGGCCUGUUCUUUGUCUGACCUUCAGUCUUGGUUUACUCAUCCUCCGUUUUUAUCUCACAUGUAAUUGACAAUGACUUGAUUAAU